AUGGACGACGAAGGUUACCAGGAGGGCCUCGAGCAUUGGCGGCGCAAAGGACCAAUUGGAAAGCUUCGCAACAUUGCCAAGUUCAUCAGAGCCUCGCCACAGCGUGGUGAGGCUUUCCGGAACGUCAUUCAAGAGUGGGAUGAGUCUGAGGACUUCAUCUUCUCAGAGGCAUCCUCCAGGGAGCUCGAGCUGCGGCAGAACAACGCGACACGGUGGAAUUCAACCUAUUUGAUGAUUCAGCGAGCCUGGGAGAAGCAAGCAGAGAUUUGGGCUUACCUGUGGAAAGCCCUCUAUGACGACCCUGCUACGGAAUUAGCUGCAGAAUUGGCUUCUCAGAAGCCCAGCGAGCCUCUUUCCCCUGGCUCUGGCCCAGAUGCAAUCCCUCGGCCGUCGCCACCAACCACGCCAGCAAGAGAUCGCCCUGCACGGCAGUCGAGACUUCCUCAGCAUCUUCAGGGCUUCGAGGUCGCAACACCCUUACGGCAGCAGCAGCAGCCGAGUCAUCGGCAUCCUGCAGCUGCCGCUUCCGCUACUGCUCAGUUCAAUGAAGCUGCGCUGCCUGAUCAUGCUCGCCCGGCUUACAUGGCGCGGUCAGUUAGCCGUAUCUCAAGCCUAGCAGCAGACGAGAGGACGUACCUGAAGGAGUACCUAGAGGAGUGGUAUUCUACCGUUGAGGUUGAAGACAGUCUUAAGGAGACUCCUACACCAUCGCCGUCGCCGAUGAUGUCUGCAAAGAGAAGAAGGAUCCAAGCAGAUUCAUAG